UCGACAGCGCGGCGGAUGCGCCACGUGCUGCCGGCUGGCCGCGCCGUCGUCUCGCGCGGGGCGCGGGCGGCGGCGAUGGGGUCGUCGGCGGGGGCGGGGGCGGGGGACCCGGGCGGGAACCCGACGGUGGGGAGGCUGCGGGAGAUCUUCCGGGGCGGCGGCGACGCGGCAGAUGGCUGGGAGAAGUCCUGGGAGACUGGCGUAACCCCGUGGGAUCUGGGGAAGCCGACGCCUAUCAUCGAGCAUCUCGUUAAAUCAGGAACUCUCCCUAAAGGAAGAGCGUUGGUCCCGGGAUGCGGCAUGGGUUAUGAUGUGGUUGCUCUGGCAAGCCCCGAGAGAUUUGUCGUUGGCUUAGAGAUUUCUAAUAUAGCUGCUGAGAAGGCUAAGCAGUGGUCAUCAUCUUUGCCAAAUGCAGAUUGGUUUUCUUUUCUGGUUGCUGACUUCUUCAAGUGGAGACCAAGUGAACCAUUUGACCUCAUUUUCGAUUAUACGUUCUUUUGUGCACUUGAUCCGAGCAUGAGGGGUGCUUGGGCAGAGACAGUUAGUCGCCUUCUGAAACCAGAUGGAGAGCUUAUCACCUUGAUAUAUUUGAUCAGCGAUCAAGAAGGGGGGCCGCCCUACAAUAAUACAGUUGCUGACUAUCAGAAUGUGCUGGAGCCGCUGGGUUUCAAGGCUGUUUGGAUGGAAGACAACGAGCUGGCUAUUAAACCGCGCAAGGGUAUGGAGAAACUUGGAAGGUGGAAGAGAUGCGGCAGGCGGCAAUCUUCUUUGUGAGCAUAUAUGAAGACCUUGCUGUAUAGUUUGUAUACACUGUGUAUUGUGUUAGCUUCUGUGCUCAGUUCGUCAUGUGCACUUCCUGAACGAUGCAUGUGUGAUGUGCCAUUUACUGCUUCUGUUGGAGAUGAAAUCGGCCGUGUGAAAUUUCCGUGUGCUCUAAAUGAGCACCGUAUGGUAUGGUGAGACGCUAUUUGUGUUGUGCUGUCAACUUGGAGAUCAUUUUGAAACAAAUAAAAGAGCUCAGGAAAUGGUGAUGGUAAAUUAUUUUUUCU